UUAAAAGAAAAAAAAACGAUUCGUAGACAGUUCUUCUUGUCUUUCGAGUUCAAGCUCAAACGACAACAAAAUUAUUAUUCCAAACAACAUUAAUAAAAAAAAAAAAGUAUGGAGUGACCAAAGUAAAAAAAAAAAACCUCAACAUUUCUCUGUUUGUUCCGGCGAAAACGAAAACCGUUUCAUCAAAUGACGAACACACAAAACCUUAACAUCUAAUUUGUUUCCUCUCUGAUACUUCAAAAAAAAAAUGUAAAGAGUUACAGGGAUGAAGAAACAAUGGCUACCGGACAAAACAGAACAACUUUGCCAGAGAAUCUGAAGAAACACCUCGCAGUUUCAGUUCGAAACAUUCAAUGGAGUUAUGGUAUCUUUUGGUCUAUCUCUGCUUCUCAGUCUGGAGUAUUAGAAUGGGGAGAUGGAUAUUAUAAUGGAGAUAUCAAAACGAGGAAGACGAUUCAAGCUUCGGAGAUCAAAGCUGAUCAGCUUGGUCUACGGAGGAGCGAGCAACUUAGCGAGCUUUACGAGUCUCUCUCCGUCGCUGAAUCUUCUUCCUCCGGCGCAGCCGCCGGAUCUCAAGUAACAAGACGAGCUUCCGCCGCCGCACUUUCACCGGAAGAUCUAGCCGACACCGAGUGGUACUACUUGGUUUGUAUGUCUUUCGUCUUCAACAUUGGUGAAGGAAUGCCUGGACGGACGUUUGCGAACGGUGAACCGAUAUGGUUGUGCAACGCUCAUACGGCGGAUAGUAAAGUCUUUAGCCGUUCUCUUCUGGCAAAAAGUGCUUCGGUUAAGACAGUGGUUUGCUUCCCGUUUCUUGGAGGAGUCGUUGAGAUUGGUACCACCGAACAUAUUACAGAAGACAUGAACGUAAUACAAUGCGUGAAGACAUCAUUCCUCGAAGCCCCUGAUCCUUACGCUACAAUAUUACCAACAAGAUCCGACUAUCACAUGGACAACGUUCUCGAUCCUCAACAGAUUCUAGGCGACGAGAUUUACGCGCCUAUGUUCAGUUCGGAGCCUUUUCCAACAGCUUCUCCGAGCAGGACUACCAACGGUUUUGAUCCGGAACAUGAACAAGUAGCAGAAGAUCACGAUUCGUUCAUGACCGAAAGAAUCACUGGAGGAGCUUCUCAGGUGCAAAGCUGGCAGUUCAUGGACGACGAGCUUAGUAACUGCGUUCACCAGUCGCUUAAUUCCAGCGAUUGCGUCUCUCAAACGUUUGUUGAAGGGGCGGCUGGACGAGUUUCUUACGGUGCAAGAAAGAGUAGGGUUCAAAGACUAGGGCAAAUUCGAGAGCAGCAAAGAAAUGUGAAGACGUUUUCAUUUGAUCCAAAAAACGACGACGUUCAUUACCAAAGUGUGAUCUCCACGAUUUUUAAGACCAACCAUCAGUUAAUUCUCGGACCGCAGUUUCGAAACUGCGAUAAGCAGUCAAGCUUCACGAGGUGGAAGAAAUCAUCUCCAUCAUCAUCAGGAACCGCCACGGUCUCUGCACCAUCACAAGGAAUGUUAAAGAAAAUUAUUUUCGAGGUUCCGCGAGUGCACCAGAAAGAGAAGUUAAUGUUGGACUCACCAGAGGCCAGAGAUGAAACCGGGAACCACGCAGUUUUAGAGAAGAAACGGCGGGAGAAAUUGAACGAACGGUUCAUGAUCUUGAGAUCAAUCAUUCCGUCAAUCAACAAGAUCGACAAAGUAUCGAUUCUUGACGAUACGAUAGAGUAUCUUCAAGAACUCGAGAGACGAGUUCAAGAACUGGAAUCUUGCAGAGAAUCAACCGAUACAGAAACCCGUGGAACGAUGACGAUGAAGAGGAAGAAACCAUGCGAUGCAGGAGAAAGAACAUCAGCUAAUUGCACAAACAAUGAAACCGGAAAUGGGAAGAAAGUUUCGGUUAACAAUGUUGGUGAAGCCGAGCCAGCAGAUACCGGUUUUACCGGUUUAACCGAUAAUUUAAGGAUCGGUUCGUUUGGUAAUGAGGUGGUUAUUGAGCUUAGAUGUGCUUGGAGAGAAGGAGUAUUGCUUGAGAUAAUGGAUGUGAUUAGUGAUCUCAACUUGGAUUCUCAUUCGGUUCAAUCCUCUACCGGAGACGGUUUGCUCUGCUUAACCGUCAAUUGCAAGCACAAGGGGUCAAAGAUAGCGACACCAGGAAUGAUCAAAGAGGCACUUCAAAGGGUUGCAUGGAUCUGUUGAAGACCACUUAGUUAAAAUUGACAGGAAAGGAAAAAAAAUCCCGGUUUGGUUCCUAUUCUUUGGUAUUCUUCUAACCGGGUUUUAGGUAUUCAUGUAAAAUCAAAACCUUAUAUUUUUGUGUCUUGGUUUUUUAGUUGGUUAACGUAGGUGAAGAGGAACAAAAACUACGAGUAUUUUGUUUGAGGUAGAUUAUUUUAAGGGUAAUAGCAAUAGCUAAUUUAGAUGA